UCGACUUAUGAAAGAAUGCUUACCCUAGACUCUAUACAUGAACUAUAACGGCGAGCUUGAUAUUCCCUAUGUUUUGUUAGAUGUAUCAAAAAUGACGCCUUGAACUCCCACAUGAAGUCUUAUACCUAGCAACCGCAAUAUGUAUCCCAUCAUACACUGCCAGUCAAGCAGGUGACCAAGAUGGAUUCGGAAGAGCUCCAAUAUGAGCUCUUCCAGCCUAAGAUCCACCCCCUAAAGCUCUUCGACAUCGCCAAAUCCCAAAACCGGCUCCUCUACGCCUGCGCCCCCAUGGUGCGGUACAGCAAGCUCGCCUUCCGCCAGACCGUCCACCGCUUCGGCACCGACCUGUGCUGGACGCCCAUGAUCCUGGCCAAGGAGUUCAACCGCAACCAGUUCGCGCGGGACAGCGACCUAACCGUAUCCUCCUCCACAGCGCAGCAGCAACAAGAGGUCCCGACCAUCGCCCAGUUCGGCGCCAACGUGCCCCUGGAACUCGAGCGCGCCGCCUCCCUCGCCGCCCCCUUUGUCAACGGCGUCGACCUCAACUGCGGGUGUCCGCAGAGCUGGGCCUGCGCCGAGGUCCUCGGCGCCGCGCUCAUGGAGCGCCGGGAGCUGGUGCGGGACAUGGUCGUCGCGACGCGGGGGCGGCUCGCGCGGGACGGGUGGGCGGUAGACCUCGGCCAUCCCAGCGGCAUAGAAAGCGAAGGUCUCGGGCGCAGCGUUAGCGUCAAGAUCCGCGUGCACAAAGAUCUCCGGAAAACAAUGGACUUCAUCACGACCGUCAUCGGCGACGAGCACCGCCGCAACAUCGACUGGCUCACGAUCCACCCGCGCACGCGGAACACGCCCAGCAGCACGCCCAUCAACCUCGAGGCCCUCGAGAUCUUGACCUCGACUUUUGGCCCCAAGCUCCCCAUCCUCGUGUCCGGGGACGUCUUCACCCUGUCCACGCUGCCCUAUACAUCGCACCUGCUGAUCCCACAGCCCACUUUCACUAUCACAUCCGACACCACCAGUACCACCAGCAGCAAUACUACCACAGCAUCUUCCCCCCAGCGCAACCUUCACCUCCCCCACCUCUCAGGCCUCAUGUCCGCGCGCGCCCUCCUCGCCAACCCCGCCCUAUUCGCCGGCCACGACACCUGUCCCUGGUCCGCCGUCGACGUCUUCAUGAACGCCGUCGCCCGCGCCCCCUUGCCGCUCAAACUCGGCAUCCACCACCUAACCGAGAUGUGCGGCCCCGGCUUCGGCCCGGACCGCGGCGCGGCGCUGCUGGCGAAGAAGGAGCGCAUAAAGCUGGCGGAGAUGGGGAAUUGGGUUGAUGUGGUGGAUUUUAUGGAUGAGGCUCGGAGGGGUAGUGAUGGGAGGGGUGGAGUAGUGAGGUUUGUUUGAUUUGUGUGGCAGAUAGGGGCAAGGUGUGUAUACCCAGUAGGUAUAUGACUAGUAUGUGCCUCCACAACUAGAUAUUCAUGUUGGAUAGCAACCAAUAGCCAAAUAACCAGACAAACCCAAAAACACAUCAAAACACUGAUAACCAUCAUCAUCUUACCUACACAACCCGUGGGUAUAAGUAAAAAUAGAGAUCCACAUUGGUUUGGUAUCAAUUAAGAAUAUCAGUUCCUCAAAGGACAGUAUCUAUCACAUAGAGACACUAACUACUUCUUUCCCCUUAUCCCCUUCCUCUCUAGGUUACUCUCUUCUCCCCUUCUCAUCACCAUGCGAUAUAUGCUCCCCACAUUUACCUCCUCCCCCC